AUGUGUGAGGGGGGGAGCCGCCGGCGAGGCAGCCAGCUGCUGCUGCAGUUUCAUCUUCGCCUCAAGCUCAGUUUGCUGCCAGCAGCAGAUGCAGCAUUUGCUGCUGCAAUCAAAGAACGUGUGCUGCAGCAGCUGCAGCAGCAGCAGCAGCUGCAGCUGCAGCAGCAACCGCAGCAGCAGCUGCAGCAGCAGCAGCAGCUGCAGCUGCAGCAGCAACCGCAGCAGCAGCAGCAGCAGCAGUUGAAACAGCAAGGAGAGCAGCCAACUCUCCCCUUCCCGUUGCUUUCUACAGAGGAAAGGGAGGCAUUUGCUGCUGCUGCUGAUGCGCAGCAGCAGCAGCAGCAGCAGAAGCAGCAGCAGCAGCAGCAACAGCAGCAGCUGCUGCUGUCGCUUCCCCGCGAGCACCUGGUGGAGAAUUUAAAUGAAGAUAUGAAACGCCUGGGGUGGGGCUCUGCUGCUGCUGCUGCUCCUUCUGCUGCUGCUGCUGCUGCUGCAGUGGAUUUUUCAUCCCCAGCAAACUCUGAAGGCUGCCUGUCAGUAGCAGCAGCAGCAACAGCAGCAACAGAAGCAGCAGAUGCAGCAGCAGAAGCAGCAGAAGCAGCAGCAGCAGCAGUUGAGCGUCAAAGCGAUUGCGGUGCAGCCACAACUCCUCAGCAGCAGCAGCAGCAGCAGCAGCAGCAGCAAAAGCAGCAGCAGCAGCAGCAGCAGGAAGAACAGGAGCAGCAGAUGUGCGCAUUGAAGGAGAAGAUAGCCGAGUUGGAGUUGCAGCAGCUGCUGCAGCAGCGCGAGUGUGCAGCAGCAACUGCUGCUGCUGCUGCACUGCAGCAGCAGCUGCUGCUGCUGCAGCAAGACAAUAGAUAUCUACGUACACACUUCCGUCGGGGUUUUGUCUUCACCUCAGAUCACUCUGCUGCUGCUGCUGCUGCUGCUGCAGAUAAGCUGCAACAAACCCCAAAUGAAAACACACAGCAGCAGCAGCAGGAGCAGCAGCAGCAGCAGGAGCAGCAGCAGCAGCAGCAGCAGCAGAAGCAGAGUGACAUCUACGUUGAAUCUACGCGCUGCAGCACCGACCUGCUGCAGCAGAAAGUUGCGGUGUAUAGGCAGCAGCUGCUGCUUCUCUCUGAGGAAAACCAGAGGCUUAAAAAGCAGGCAGCAGCAGCAGCAGCAGCAACAACAACAGCAGCAGCAACACAAGCUACAGGCCUCUAG